GACAGAAUGUGCUACACAUAGACCCACCUACGGGCAUUUCCUGUGAUAAAUUGUCUUUAUGUGUUCGGUGAAAAUGCCCAGUUUAGGCUAUUAAAUCUAUAUUUUAAAUGUGUGUUAAUUAGAAGAUUGACAUAACUCUUUGUGUGACGCUGGAACAACACUCAUCUUGACUUGUAGUGCUCUUUGAAAAAGUUGCGCUUGCAUAAAUCAGUCGGAACAACAGGGAAGUUCAAAUUCCCCUGCGCUGUUUGUUUGGCGACAGUAGGUCACCUGUACGCACAGGCAGCAGAGUGUUUCUAAGAGCGGCUCGUCUCCUUCUCAUCACCAUGAGGCUCAGCGGUGUGCUGUUCUGUGUUCUCCUGAUCUGGGUUGAGUCGUCCUGGGCUGACACACCGGCGAACUGCUCUUAUGAAGACCUGCUGGGCACAUGGGUCUUUCAAGUGUCCAAAGGAGGUCACGAUAAGAGCAUCAACUGUUCAGCAGAAGCUGUUGGAGCAAGCUCAGUAACCGUGACCCUGGAAAAACAGGAUGUAGCCAUUGAUGAAUUGGGCAACACUGGCUUCUUCACGCUCAUCUACAACCAAGGUUAUGAGGUGGUGCUUGGUGGAUACAAAUGGUUUGGUUUUUUCAAGUACUCUCAGGAUGGUCCACAGGUGAUCAGUUACUGUGAUCAGACCCUGCCAGGAUGGGUUCAUGAUGUCUUAGGAAACAACUGGGCCUGUUUUGUGGGGAAAAAAGUGAAAGGAGUGCCACCCCGAAGGGACGCCCAGCCGAUCUUCAGCAGAAAGUAUCUCCAGAGCUCAUACAAACACAAUCUGGACUUCAUUGAUGCAAUCAACUCCGUUCAAAGCCUUUGGAAAGCUCAGCCUUAUCUUGAACAUGAAACCUACAGUCUGUUGGAGCUGCAGUACAGAGCUGGAGGUCCUGCAUCUCGGAUCCCUGUACGCGCUCGCCCAGCCCCUGUGACAAGUGAUGUAGCCAAGAUGGCAGCUGCUCUCCCUGCCCACUGGGACUGGAGGAACGUCAAUGGUGUUAACUUUGUCAGCGCUGUACGAAACCAAGCCUCCUGUGGUAGCUGCUAUUCCUUUGCUUCAAUGGGAAUGCUGGAGGCACGAAUCCGCAUUUUGACCAACAACAGCCAGACACCCAUCCUCAGCCCUCAACAGAUCGUAUCGUGUUCAGAAUACUCCCAAGGUUGUGAUGGUGGAUUCCCGUAUCUGAUUGGGAAGUAUGUGCAGGACUUUGGUGUGGUGGAGGAAUCCUGCUUUCCGUAUGUUGGCAAAGACACCCCUUGUGGUCUUUCUCAAAAAUGCGGGCGCACUUAUGCUGCAGAAUACAACUAUGUUGGUGGAUUUUACGGUGCCUGCAGUGAAGCAGCCAUGAUGUUGGAGCUCGUUAAGAAUGGACCCAUGGCAGUGGCGUUUGAGGUGUAUCCUGACUUCAUGCAUUACAAAGAGGGCAUCUACCAUCACACUGGUCUCAUUGAUACUGUCAAUCCUUUUGAACUGACCAACCACGCCGUGCUGCUGGUGGGUUAUGGCCACUGUCACAUGACUGGACAAAAGUACUGGAUAGUUAAGAAUAGCUGGGGCACCGCCUGGGGAGAAGAGGGCUACUUCCGCAUCCGCAGGGGGAGCGACGAAUGUUCCAUUGAGAGCAUCGCUGUUGCAGCCAGUCCCAUCCCCAAGCUGUAGUUAGAAAAGGGAAAACCUUUAUGGGAGCCAAUUUUUAAAUUGGAAAACUAUGUUUUUAUUGUUUUGAUUCUUGAGGUUCUAAUUUUACUGAUGAAAAGGGACAUCCAAAAGGAAGCAAAGUAUAAGAUAAUUGAUAGAAAUAUUCUUAGCCUUUUCAAAAAGGGUUGGAUACAUGCUGAAACUCUUCAUCUUUGUGCAAUUGAUGUGUUCUGCAUUCUCAGGGAAGCAUAAAUGAGAUUUUAAUUAUGUGCCCUUAAUUGUAUCAUAUGGUUUUUAUUAGAGCCCGACCGAUAGGGAUUUUGCGGUGGCCGAUAUGAAACCGGUAUAAUGGAAGUUGGAGCUGCCGAUAGCCGAUAUAAUCGCCGAUAUAUUUAGUGAUGUAAAAAUUCACUGUAAAUGUUUAAUUGUUUAAAAAACUUAGGUUUGACUCUGGUGGAUUUUAAAUUGGGUUUAUUUAGGCUACAUUUAUUGUUAUUCUGCCUCUUUACAUCAUAUUUACAGACAGUAGGUUGGCUUAAUGGCAUUUUUGCAUCACAUUCUAGACACUAGUGAUUGGUAUUCCAGUUCUUUUCAGAGAACCGGCUCUUUUGGCUCGGCUCACUAAAAGCUGCUGGUUCUUUUGGCUCCCAAGUGGCUCUUCAGAUUGUUUUGUUGCAAGCAGGUCUAAAGCACGUCUAAAGCAGGACUGAAUCAGGACUGAACCAGGUCUAAACCAGGACUGAAAAAGGACUAAACCGGGACUUAUUUAUUUUAUGCUAAACUACAGUCAAAUAUGCUCGUUUUUUUUUUAAUCCUACGUACACGCAAAUUUCUCAAAGUUUCGUUUUGAGCCGCUGCCGCUGUCAAACUACGAAUCUGCACGCGGCGUGAAGAGAAAAAAGUGAGAGAAAGAGAAAACACGGCUCCCAAUAAGGAUCAGGCUCCCGUCGUUCCCUUCAAAGAGCCGGUUCUAAGAGUCAUUUCGUUCGCGACGGACCCAUAACUAGUAAAGAAAGUAGCGCUAUUAGCCUUUAGCCGUAAAUACGUGCGCGCCGCGGUAAUUAAUUAUAUGCGCAAAUGUUAUAAUUCACACGUCUAUUCACAGCUCAUUUACAUAUCAGUGCAGGUCCAGUAGCAAAUAUACAGCCAAUAUAGUCACUUUAGAACAGACCAAUAGAAAACAGUCUGUUUAUGUGCGGGAGCUACAGCAGCUAACCCAUAACAAAUGACAAAAACUAGCUUCAGAGUCGACAUAUUUCCAACACUCACCGCUCAUACAGGCUCCUCCUCACAUCACAAAUCUGCACUAAUAAAUGUCCUUUUAAUCCAGACUCAAACCGAUUGUCCGUAAAAAGAAUAUAAUCUCAGUGUUUGGAUCUGUGUCUGCAGGUGUAAACAAACACACGUGAGUGACGCGACUCUGUGGUGUGUUCAGGGACAGUACGGACACAGAGACAAAUGACUCCGUAAAUAAAUACUGAUGUGGAGCCACAUAUUAGGACAUUUAUCUGUCUGUAAAUUGGAUUAAAUGAACAGAAUGUAGAGAGUCUAAGCUUUAUAACGAGGUAUAACAUGCCCACGUGAAAUAUCGGCCCCUAUCAGCAAGCAUAUCGGCCGAUAUGCCCAAAGUUGCCCAUAUCAGACGAUAAUAUCGGCCAACCGAUAUAUCGGUCGGGCUCUAGUUUUUAUCCAAUUUGAACCUAGGAUGCCUUUUUUUAUUUUAAUUUUAAAAGGGAAUAUUUGAUUACAACAUCAUGUAAAUCAUUUGUGAUUCAUUAAAAUGCUGACUUCACAGUACUGUUUCAGAAAAUGUAAAUGUUUGCACUGUUGGACAAAAGGAAAUAAAACGUAACUAAAGCUAUAAAAAACAAAA